AUGUCCAAUAACAAUAAUAACAACACAAGUUUAGAACCUACUUCCGGUAAACGCAUCGCUCUUCCUGUUCGUAUUGAACCCAAAGUUUUCUUCGCCAAUGAACGUACCUUUUUGUCCUGGUUAAACUUCACAGUGGUGCUUGGAGGUUUAGCAUUGGGUCUGCUUAACUUUGGUGAUCGUAUUGGUCGCUUGUCUGCUAUUUUAUUUACUAUCAUUGCAAUGGGCGUGAUGUUAUACGCCUUAUAUACUUUCCAUUGGCGAGCAACCAAAAUCAGAAAUAGAGAAGCAGCAGCCUAUGAUGAUCGUGUUGGCCCUACUGUCUUGUGUAUCUUUUUGCUGAUAGCGGUUUGCGUGAAUUUCUAUUUGCGUAUGGGUAGCAAACAUUGA